CGUGCGUGCCGCCGUUGAUCCGGUGCUGCAGUGAGGAGGUGGUUCUCGCCCGUGUUGUGUGUGUGUGUGUGAGUGAGUGUGUGAGUGAGUGAGUGUGUGAGUGAGUGAGAGCGCGAGCGGGCGAGUGAGUGAGUGAGUGUGUUGGGGGGGCACUCGGCCUGUUGUUGUCCCCUCCACCCUUCCCCCUUCCCGCCGCCGCUGCAGUGGCCGCUCCCUGGGCCGUAGGAAAUGAGCGAUAACGAUGACAUCGAGGUGGAGAGCGACGAAGAGCAGCCGAGGUUUCAAUCUGCGGCUGACAAACGGGCUCAUCACAAUGCGUUGGAACGGAAACGUAGGGACCACAUCAAGGACAGCUUCCACAGCCUGCGGGACUCGGUCCCGUCCCUCCAGGGAGAGAAGGCAUCCCGGGCCCAAAUCCUAGACAAAGCCACAGAGUAUAUCCAGUAUAUGCGAAGGAAAAACCACACACACCAGCAGGACAUCGACGACCUCAAGCGGCAGAAUGCUCUUCUGGAGCAGCAAGUCCGUGCACUGGAGAAGGCGAGGUCAAGUGCCCAACUGCAGACCAACUACCCCUCCUCAGACAGCAGCCUCUACACCAACGCCAAGGGCAGCACCAUCUCUGCCUUCGAUGGGGGCUCGGACUCCAGUUCUGAGUCGGAGCCCGAAGAGCCCCAAAGCAGGAAGAAGCUCCGAGUGGAGGCCAACUAAGCUGCGUGGGGCAGGCCAGCAAUAAAAACUGUCGGUCCCCCGUCUCGGCCUCCUUCCGUUCAUCAGUAGAACCUUCACAACCAUUUAAGAGACUCUUUUUCUUUCUCUCUUUUUUUUUUUUUUUUUUUUUUUUUUAAUGUAGAAGCUCUUGGACAACAGCUCUCAUUCUCCUUCCCCAUUUCCAUUAUUUUUAAAGAAUUUAUUCCCUUCAGGGAUUCCUUGUCCCCACCAGGAGUUUUUCAACCAAAAUCCCCCAACUUGGCAGCUUUUUCUGUGGAGGACAGACGGCCAGCCAGACCUCGCAGCACAUGGCGUCCUGCCCACCGCCCGGCACCUGCGGCAGGCUCACUGCGCCUGGCCUCCGGGGCUCCCUCACCUGCGUGGGACAGACCUUAUGAAUCUGUGAACUGCUCUGCAUCGGGAAGAUGACCAAUGUGGAAUAAUCAGAAUUACUCCCUUCCUGUGUAAGGGUUUUUUCUUUCUUCUAAAGAGUUAUUUAUCGCUCAUAUCGAAAGACCAAGAUCCUUGGAGAAGUUUGUGGCACACACGAGUGGGGACAGAUUGGCAGAGUCUGGGGCCAUAUCUCCUGCCUCUCUCAGGCAGCUGUUCCUGCCUGCAGGGCCAGCCCUGGGGAUGGCUGCGCAGCACUGAGUGGUAUGUAUGGGAGAUCGCAGCAGUGAAGCUGCCACCAGUGAGUGGUGGGGAGGUGGUGGAUUCUGGGGGCGGGACAGGGAGGGGAGAUUGGGCGGGGUAGAGAUUUUGUACUGAGGGCCAGUGAUGAUGUUUUGAUAUUUAUUUCCUGCUAUUGAAAUUUGAAUCUGAGUGAAUUGUCCCUACUUCUGAUGAUGUCGGUAAUGCAAAGCGACAGAUUCAUAAAGUAAUGAUCAAAUCUUCCUUUCUUUCUGUGUGUAUUUCUAAGACAUAGAGCCCGUUGAUUUUUGUAUGUAAAUACCAAGAGCGAUUUACCUGGUACUAAACCCGCACUUGAGUGCGGCCUCCCUGCCCUCCUUGCCCCUUGCCUACUCUUUCCUGCUGUCCUGGACCCGGUCUGCACUGUGUGACCCAGCCCUGGUUCUGGCUGCGGUCAGCAGGUCCAAGGGAAGGGCUUUGUGUGUUUAGGUCUCAUUCCUUUGUUUCUUUCCUACUUCGUUCCCAGCAUUUGCUGAUUUCUAGUGUGUACUCGGUAGUCUCAGUCCAUGUUUGAUUCCAUUCCAUGGAAAUAAGAAGUAUGUUGUACAUACUGCCCAAGAGUUGUCUUGCAAGUUAAGGCUUCCCUCUUUACUAUAAGACUAUAAAUAAAAACUUAUUUUAUCCUU